GGAAAAAAACAGAUAUAACAUGUACACUGCUAAUUAAGCGAUGUCAUUACAACCAGCUAAUCUUAUUGAUAGACCAAGAAAUUGGAAAAUAACAUGUGACCUCUGUUUGGGAUAUCAUCAUUGCAGGUCUUUUGAGGUUGCAGACUGUAGUUCUGCUCUCCACCAGAAGGAGAGAUGCUGUGUCACGGUAGUUAAAUCAGGACACCCCUCCCCUCUCAUCUGCAGUGAGAAUGGCACAACAAUUCCCUCCUACACUCAUUCCCAUGGAUCCUCUGUCUCAUUUCUUACCGUUGCAGUGUAAGCCUAUCGAGCCUGCAUUGUCAGAGUUUGGGGAAAGCGCUUGCGUCAGAGCUCACUGUCCUGCUAUAAAAGCCCAGGCUGCUGCAGCAGCAAACAGUACAGGCUUAAACCUGAGCCCUUCAUACACCUCCACACACACACACACACACAUACACACAAAGAGGAGAGGGAGAGCAGCCUGUCCUCCCACCACUGAGCCAUGAGUAGCAUUGGAUAUGACCCCUACUAUUCUGCCUCGCCAUACAGACGCUGGUAUGUCGAGGCUCCCCCUCGUGUCGCGGUAACCAGAGGGAGGACCCACUCCGUCUACUCCUCCCAUGCUUCCCCGAUGUCCUCCCGUGUCAAGUACUCCUCUCCUGGCCGGGUGCUGCUCUCCUCCUCCUCACAAGCCUCUUCCCUGGAGCUGGAGCUUAGCCAGGCCGCCCAGAUCAGCUCCGAUUUCCGCACCGUACGCACACAAGAGCGCAGCCAGCUGCAGGACCUCAACGACCGCUUUGCUGGCUUCAUUGAGAGAGUGCGUGAGCUGGAGCAGCAGAACCGUGCUCUGGAGGCAGAGCUGCUGCUGCUGAGGCAGAGGCACAAUGAGCCAUCCCGCCUGAGAGCGCUGUAUGAGCAAGAGGCCCGGUCCCUGAGAGCCGCCGUGGAUGAGGCCAGGGCAGAACAGCAGGCUGUGCUGGGACAGAGAGAGCGGCUGGAACAAACCCUGAGCGCCUUGCAGGGUCGAUAUGAGGAGGAGGUGCUGGCUCGCGAAGAGGCCGAGGGCCGGCUGAUGGACGCCCGUCGUGGGGCCGACCAGGCUGCCUUAGCUAAGGCUGAGCUGGAGAAGAGCGUUGAAACUCUGCUGGAGGAGCUGGCCUUCCUCAAGAGGAUUCAUGAAGGCGAGGUGGUUGAGCUUCAGGCCCAGGUCCAGCUGGGUGUCCAGGUGGCGGUAGAGUCUGAGGCCGCAGCUCCAGACCUCUCCGGGGCUCUCAGGGACAUCCGGUCCCAGUAUGAAAGGCUGGCAGCAAGAAACAUGCAGGCAGCAGAGGAGUGGUUCAGAGUGAAGGUGGGCACCAUGACUGAAACCGCGGCCCAGCACAGCGACGCCAUGAGAAGCUCCAAGGACGAAGCAGGAGAGUACCGGCGCCAGCUCCAGGCCCGCCUGCUGGAGAUCGAUGCAUGCAGAGGCCUCAAUGAAUCCCUGCAGAAACAGCUGCAUGAGAUGGAGGACAAGCAGAACGCUGAGAUAGAUUCUAUGCACGACACCAUUGCAGAGCUGGAGAGUGAGCUAAGGGGCACCAAACAGGAAAUGGCACGUUACCUGAAAGAGUACCAGGACCUUCUGAAUGUCAAGAUGGCUCUGGACAUCGAGAUUGCUGCCUACAGGAAGCUACUGGAAGGGGAGGAGUCUCGCUUCAGUGUAGGGGGGCCUGGGAGUGUGUCCUCUAUGUACAGCCACAGUUUCUCAGCGCCCUGCUUCGCCCGGCCCAUCCUCUCCAGCAUGAGCUCUGGCUCCUCCUACCUGAUGACAUCACGCCUGCUCAGCUCCAGCUUCAGCACCACCGAGGGGAUCAUCUCUGCCAGCCACGCCCAGCAAGCAGAGGCCAGCCCCCCCGGGGAAGAGGAGAAAGCCGAGGAGGAAGUAAAGGAGGAAGAGGAGGAGGAGGAGAAGGAAGAGGAGGAAGGACAGGAGACGGAGGAGACAAAGGGGGAAGAGGAGAAGGAGGAUGAAGAGGAAGGAGAGGAGGAGGGAGAUGAAGAGAAGGAAGAUGAAGAAGAGGCUAAGGGAGAUGAAGAAGCUAAGGAGGGAGAAGAGGGUGGUGAUGGGGAGGAGCAAACGGAAGAGGUGACAGAGGCCGCUGAAGAUGACGGGGAGAAAGAGGACAAAGGAGAAGGAGAGGAAACCGAGGUCAAAGAGGAAGCACAUGAGGAGGUAAAAACAGAAGGAGGUGAUGACAAAGAUGAGGAUGCAAAAGAAGAAGAAAAAGAGGAGAAAGAAGAAGCAAAAAAAGGCGACAAAGCCGAAGACAAAGCCGAUGACAAAGUCGACGACAAAGCUGACGACAAAGCUGACGACAAAGCCGACGACAAAGUUCCUCCGAAAACAGAUGACAAAGCUGACGCCAUAAAGGAGAAAGAGGAAGGAAAAGCAAUCAAACCUGAAGCUGCAGAAGAAAAAAGCACAAAGGGUAAAAAGUAAGCCAGUAGCCCCAGCCAACUUCAGUCAAGACCGUCUAUUAGCUCGAUAACCUGUAGAGACAUCUACGCUAUCCUCUUGAAUCUGCUUGUGGUGCUCAAUAAAACAGUCCAAUAGCCAUUUAAAAGCAACAAAUCAAGGUUAACUGCUUGCCAAAAUCCAGAUUAGUCCUUAAACGUCUGGUUGCUCCCUUUCUGAUGAGUGUAAUAUGUGUAACUUCUGAAUGCAAAAGUGAGCGUGUGAGUUUUUGGU